AUGGAAACUCGCCCAAAGAUGUUUUACCUCCCAGAUACCAUGGCCAACUGGCCGUGGCCUCGCAUAAUCAGCCCUCAUUAUGAAGCUGUGAAAAUUGAAGCUGAGGCUUGGUUUCGUAGCUUCAAAGCUGUGGAUCCUGACACAUUGAAAGAAUUCAACAAGUGCGAUCCAGAACAUCUUCAAGUCAUUUGCGAAAUGAUGAAUAUGACCGUAAUUAUAGAGGACACCACCGAUAAAAGCACUGCAGCGGGCGCCAGAGGAAUAGUGGACAUCGUCCUCGAUGCCUCACACAAUCCGCAUAAGACCAGACCAAAAGGUGAACACAUCAUUGGAGAAAUGAUGCGACAAUCUUCGGCUCGUAUGGUACAGACCAUGAGCAUGACUUGUCAUUCCCGCUUUGUCGAUGGCUUGGCAACAUACCUUCGUGCAGUAGCUGUCGAGGCCAUCGACCGUGAACAAAGACGUUGUCUCAGUAUCGAUGGCAAUUUCAAGUAUCGACGGGAAACAUCUGGCAUAUUACCUUGGCUCGGACUAUGUGCAAUGGAUGUCGAUCUUCCUGAUGAAGUAUUCUACCAUCCUGCUAUCGUGGAUAUAGUGGAAUGCGCCGCAGAUUUGAUUACAGUUGAUAAUGAUAUGCUCUCGUACAAUAAAGAACAAGCGAGCGGGAUCGACCACAAUUCACUGAUAACUGCGGUCAUGCUAGAACUUGGCCUUGACAUAGGCAGUGCGAUGGGUUGGGCAGCCGCUUAUCACACUAAACUCGAGGAAAGAUUUACCAACGGUCUUGCAAAUCUUCCUUCAUGGGGUCCUUCCACCGAUAUCCUGGUCAAGGAAUACCUUGAUGGACUAGCAAACUGGGUGCGAGGACAUUAUUGUUGGAGUAUCGAAGUUGAAAGGUACUUUGGCACACUGGCAAUGGCUGCGGAGACACAGCAAACUAGGCUUGUCCCAUUAUCGCCAAGUGUUCAA